UGUCAAGCGUUGAUGACGUAAGGUGUGCGACUUUAGUCCAUGCCUACCGGUUUCAGUUGCAUUUAUUUGUCCAUGAAGUUAUUGUAAAAGAUAUAUGCUUUUAAAUUCUGAUAUCAAGGGAACGUGUGAGUCGCAUUUAAAUAAAUAUAGGUUUGUUUCGAGCCAACGAGACAGUGAUAGUUAUCUUUAGAUAGCAGGUAGCAUUUGGAAACAGCAAGGUUAUACAUGGCACUAACAACAUGCGGUAGUUUUAUAGUCUGUUCGUCAAGGAAACACCUGUAUAUUUCAUGUCUGUUAAGGAAUAUAGCUGAUUUGUAACUGAAGUGGAUGUGAAGUGUAGUAAUAGAUAAUCUAAGUCCAGAGGCUAACAUGGGCUCCACAUUGAUAUUUAAAGGGAGAUUAUGCUUGAGGCAUUUCUAUCAUCAGGGGAGUUUCUGCACAUUAAACUCUUCUAUGUUCAAGUCCUCACAACUGCCUCUCACAGCACGCUCACUGUGCACCAGAGACACAUACUCCAAACCAGGAGCCAGACACACAGACCGAAGGACUGAUGUACAGGGGGGAGCAAAGAAGAGCACCUUUCAAAACAGGGAAGAGGACUUGAGGGAUGGUGCUUCUAAGGGAAGCGGUAAGAGCUCCACUGUUAGGCAGAAGCCUUCCUUCCCCAAAUCUGUGUUUGCUGCUGGAACUGCAAAGAGAACAGCAGAGAUACAGAAGUGGAAAGCAGGUGUGUUCUUUCAGGAGGAGGAGCAGCAUGAAGGGGAACCUGAAGGGAGGACACCUAGAAGAACUGCAUCGCUGCAGCCUCCGGACCGGCCGCUCUCUGCUGCUGAAUGGAAGAAUCUGAAGGAGUCUCAGGAAAAUGCACAACGGUUUGACAUCAGGAUGAUGUGCACGCUGUUCACAGCCGGGGCAGAGCUCAAUAUCGCUAAGUCACUACUGACUUUUGUAGCCAUGGAAACCGGGACACUCUCCUAUGAGCUGCUUCUACGGUACCUGACGUUGUGUGUGCGCGGCGGCCACGAUGCAGAGUCGUUGGAGGUCUAUGACAUAAUGCGGGGAAGUUUCCCUGCUCUGGACACAGGAGCCUCCAGCCUCUUUAUCCAAGCCUUCAGCCGCACAGAGAGGUGGAGGGAGGCCAUCAGCAUCCUCAACGAGGUUAAGAAGGUGUUUACCCCUUCCCCACGCAACUACGGGGAAAUUAUCACAGCAGCAAUGUUUAAUGGAGACACUACAACCGCCUGGACUCUGUAUGAUGAAAUCAUUGAAAAGGGGCUGAUCCCGCACCAGGAAACGUGGGAGACUCUGUUUAAGGCAGUGGGGAAGACUAAGCAGGAGGAGGCCAUGUCUCCCUCUGAGCACCAGGAGAGGCUGCUGGGGAUUCUGCUCUACAUGAGGGACAACCAGAUCUACCCUCAGCACAGCCUCACCAGCACCAUCAACACCUGGUUUGAGAGUCUCUCAGGACAGAAAUGGACAGGAAAUAGGACCAGACCCACCCCAAAGGGUGUGUGCAAUUGUUGUGGGUCUCAGUUGGAGUCCAUCAAUCUGACUGAUGAGGAGUACCAGCAGCUGAAAGACAGAGUGAUGGCUGACAUCAUUCAGGGACCAGAUGUUUUUAAGAAGACCACACCGGAGGAGUUAGAGAGUUUCAAGGCGUUUGUGAAGAGAAAGCCAGCUUUUGAUGUGGUUGUGGAUGGACUGAACGUAGCCAAUCUCAACAGCGACAAGAAAUUCCUGUCACAGACGUUGUUGGCAGUGGUGUUGGAGCUGGAGCGUCAGGGUCUCACUGUGCUGGUGCUUGGGAGGAAACACAUGCUGCAGCCCUCAAGGUCCUGGGAGAGAAACAACAUGAAGCUGAUCCAGCAGAAAGCUCACUGCUUCUUCACUGAAAACAUUUCGGAGGAUGACCCCUUCUUGCUGUAUGCCACUUUGCAUUCUGGGAACCACUGUCGGUUUGUGAGCAGGGACAUGAUGAGGGACCACAAGGCCUGCCUGCCAGAAGGGGCCACCAGAAGGCUCUUCUUCAAAUGGCAGAGAGGCCACCAGCUGGUGGUGGAUGGGUUUGUCACAGCAGGCAAGAGAGUCCGAUUCCAGAGUAUUCCCAGCUACGACACCAUUGUCCAGACUUCAGCGGACUCAUGGCACGUUCCCUACGACGACACAGAGGACAGGAGCACCUACGAGGUGCCACAGAGAUGGCUCUGCCUUACCACUAAGCAAUGAACACACACACAUAUGCGCACACAUAGACACAUGUAUUACUCUGCUUUGAUUAUAACUGUGGACUUGUUCAUAAAUCAUUUACAACAAAGGGUGGUUUUCUUUCAUUAAAAGUUGCAUGUUAAUAAUAAAUAUUUUUGGGGUAUAAUCAUAAACAUCCAUGGCAAUUCUUUCCAACAAUGCAAAGGGGCAGCAGAUUUUAAAGGGACAUAAAGCACAAAAUCUCACUGAAAAUAAACAUACAUACUGUAUAUAAUUUACCAUUUCUUAAGUGAUGAGAAAAAUGUGUAGAAAUGAUUAAUAAACCAAACAAUUCAAGUAUU